AAUGUUUCGGAAUCAGUAUGAUAGUGAUGUAACUGUUUUUAGUCCUCAGGGACGUUUACAUCAAAACGAUUAUGCAGUUGAAGCGAUGCGUCAAGGAAGUGCUACUGUUGCUUUGCAUGGAAAAGAUCAUGCUGUUGUUGUUGCUCUUAUGCGUUCUCAAAGCGAAUUAUCCUCUUAUCAAUCAAAGAUAUUUGAAUUGGAUGGUCAUGUAGGUCUUUCAAUGUCUGGACUUUUAGCGGAUGGCAGAAUUUUAGCUCGAUUUAUUCAAAAUGAAUGUGCUACUUUCUUUUCGGAAUUGCAAACUCCAAUGCCGAUAGAGAAUUUACGUACAAAACUGACUUUGAGAAUGCAAGAGAAUAUUCAAGUUUAUGGGAAACGGCCAUUUGGAGUUGGAUUGUUAAUUAUUGGAUAUGAUGAUUCUGGUCCUCAUGUUCUUAAUGCUGAUCCAUCUGCUAAUGUUACAAUGGUUAAAGCUGCUUCAAUUGGAGCUCGUUCUCAAUCUGCUCGUACUUAUUUGGAAAAACAUUUUGACGAAUAUGCAAAUAGUACUGACCAAAAUGUUGUUAUUCGUCAUGCUCUUCUUGCUCUUAAAGAAACUCUUCAGACAAAUACUAAAUUGGAUGAGAAUAAUACUGCAAUUGCAAUCGUGGGUAAACGAUGCAAGUUUGGUUGUCUUCCAUCAGAGCAAGUUAAAGAAAUUAUUGCAAGUCUUAACAAUAAUCAAGCUCCAGAACCAAUGCAGCUUUGA